AUGGCCUCGAGCUCAGCCUUGUGGAUCGCGCUUCUUGCGACGCUCAUUUCACGUUGGGCCUGUACACUCAGCUUUGGGGCCCCAGCGAGGCAACAGCCUAUCAGCGUUGUCAGGGAAAGUGCCGGGCUGAGUAUCAGCCAGCAAGCUCCGAAAGGGACUUUCGAGCUGUCUGGCAAGGAGAAGCGGCUCGCGAGCAGGCUUGCAGAGCUGGGUAAGAAGGGCGACUGGCAAAGCGCCCGUCAACUCUAUGCAAGCUACCAGGGUUCGGCCGUCCCAGUGCUCACCGCAGCCAUGCAGGCAGCUUACCGGUGCGCACGGUACAAGGAAGCUGCCGGAAUAUAUAAGCAACUGCGGAGAUCGGGUGCCAUCGUGGACAAGGUCACGUUACUUGUGGGCUUGAAGAUAUUUGGAAAAAUGCAAGAUCCUGUCAUGGUUGACACGGUAUGGGCUGAGGUUACAGAACGCGGGUUUGUUGACGAACUCCGAUGUGGUGCCUGCAUUGAUGCAGCAGCUUACAUGGGGGAUGUCGAGCAGGCGGCAGCUGUGCUAGAUGUCAUGCUUACCCGGAAGAUUGGGGCAGACGUGUACGCGUUUAACUCAGCCAUCUUUGCUUGUGCCAAGGCAAAACGGCCUAGCCACAAUGCAGCCAUGUACCUGUUCAAAUCCUUGCUGGACAACGGCUUUUCGCCGACGAUCGUGACCUUCACCAACUUGGCACGCGCACACGUGAAGGCAAGCCUUGAGCAGAUCCAGCAUGUUCGUGCCAGUAUGAAAGAGUACGGUAUCCCUUUCGAUCAAGUUUUCGCUGAGUCGUAUUUGAAUGCCUUGGUUCAGGGACGUCGUCUGGUCUCUGCUCGAACCAUGCAACCCAUCACCGCGACACUUGCAGAUUUGCCUGAGCGUGAAGGAAGGUUGAAAGAAGCUCAGAGUGCGCUGCUCGAGAUCCAAGCCGACAACGUGGAGUUGACUGCGCUAUGUCAAAGAUUCCUAAAGUAUGCGCAGCAAGCAGGCCUGUGA